AUGGCGAAUAUUGCCAACCCUCUACCUUAUUUAACUAAAAGAGAAUAUGGACUUAUACCUAAUAUUAAGUCGCAAUUGUUUAAUAAACGGCUUAAUGCUGCGAAGAACUUGUAUCGACGAGAUUUAGUGUGUCAUUUCGGAUGUGUAAACGCUAUCGAGUUUUCCAGCAAUGGCGAAUUGCUCGUAUCGGGAGGAGAUGACAGAAGAGUGAUGGUAUGGCAGUUUGGGCAAGCCAUUUUGGAUCAUGGGAAGCCAGAGCCAAUGAAAGCUGUUCACCAAUCAAACAUAUUUUGCCUGGGAAUCACCAAUGAUAAUCAAAAAAUAUAUUCAGGUGGAAAUGAUGAUAUUGUAAUCGUGCAUGAUUUAGAAAGUAAAUGCCCUUUGGAAGUUCUGCAUCACCAAAGAGCAGUAUGCAGUCUCAGCAUAGACCCAUUUAAUGAACGGGUUGUAGCGACAGCCGGGAAUGAUGGUCGCCUUCUUCUUUUUGACACCAGGCACUCUGUUCAUGAAUCCCUGAUAAUAUCCCGCAGCCGGAAAGCGUUCCACGGCGUGAUGUUUCACCCGCAACAAGUGGGAGUUUUGGUGUCAGCCAACGCGAGGGACGGCGUCGCACUGUGGGAUCUGAGAUCAACAAAGCACCCAGUGCUCCGUUACGUGGGCAACAACGGCACAUGUCAGAACAGCAUGAGUGUUCGAUUCAAUUCAGCGGGUACUCAUAUACUCGCCCUGCGACGCCGUCUAGCCCCAGUAUUGUACGCCGUACAGUCGCCCGAACCGGUGGCAGAGUUCUACCACCAGGAUUACUAUAACUCUUGCACAAUGAAAAGCUGCUGCUUCGCUGGAAAGGGCGAUCAGUUCGUACUGUCCGGGUCCGACGACUUUAAUCUUUAUAUGUGGAAGAUACCGGACGGAGAUGGCGGUUUUGACAUGGUCGUAGAACCGCCACAUAUCGUCCUAUAUGGUCACAGGUCGAUAGUGAAUCAAGUGCGUUACAAUCCGCAUUAUUGUCUCAUUGCGUCCUCGGGUGUCGAAAAAAUUAUUAAGGUGUGGUCGGCCUUAGAGUACCCUCAAAUGCGCGGCACAUUGCUAGAAGAGGCGCAGGGUUCAGACAACCCACGGGAAAUAUAUAGUCAUGAGGACUACGUGUCCCUUGUACACCACAGUGGGCAGUACAUAUCGCACAACUACGCGGAUCAGUCGACGCGCGAGGACCAGCGCAUGAUGGCGUUCUUCGACUCGCUGGUGCAGCGCGAGCUCGAGUGCCUCGCCGAGGAGACGGACUCGCUGGACGGCUCCAGCUCCGCCUCCCACGCCUCGCCUGCCGCUAACGACGACUCCGAUGAUUCCGACCGCGUUGUCGCCGACUUUCUACCGCUCACCAAUAAACGAGUCAACCCAAAUGGUAACCGAAGUCAGCGAUGUCCAAAUAGAUUGGCUCGUCUAGUAGCAUCGCGGUAUCCUAAAAAUGUGCGAUCGCAAAAGAGAGGCUCUCAAAGACGCAACAAACAGACGAGGUCGUGCGUGAGCAAGUCGAGCAGUAAGUGCUCCGCGGGCAACUCGGCCGCGAAGGGCAAGCGCGCGUCAGCUCGCAGGGCGCGCGGCCUGCGACGGUCCGCGCCGCGCGUCGUGGCACGGGACGCCCCAGCAGCAGCGCGGGACGCGCUCGUGGCCCCGCGGGACCCGCUUGUGGCCCCGCGGGGCACGCUCGUAGCCCCACGGCCGCGCCUCUCUGCGCCCUCCAGCGAGCGCACCGACUCCGACGAGCCCGCGCACUGUCUCUACAGGAACUCUGGCAGGAUUAUCAGACCACUGCGAAGAAGAAUGAAUUUAUCGAGGACUACAAAAAGAAAAACAAAAACCACUAGUUAUAGGAAAGUUAUGAAUUUAAAGAAUAAUGGAACAGCAAUGGCUCAAGACAGUAGUGAUAAUAAUAAUUUUACUAAUUUUAAUCAAUUUGAAGACAAUUUAGCGCUGCCAAGUACCAGUACAGGUUACAGGGGACAAAAUUCAGCGCUAUUCCGGAUAGCCGAGGUGGAUUCGGACGACGACCAGUCGGUGGGCAGUCGACCGAUAUCGCCACGAAACCAAAACGGCAACCAUAACAUUCCCAAUAACCUCGUCAGCAUUAUCCCGACACCCAUUAAUGGUUCACGGGACUCGUUAGGCGAUUCGCUCCGAGUGGAACCGCCAGAAUCAGAAAGCAAUAACUCGACGCCACCGCCUGAAAGUCGUUUGCGAAUGACAUUAAGAAGGGUAAGACGGAAUGGCCGGCUUAGCAUACACCGGUCUGACUCUAGCGAGUCCCCACCGCCCAAAGAGCAGACCGAUAGAGCGACAACCUCUACUGCGGAAAGAUUGUCGCCUAAAUACAACACGACAGUCGCAAGACUCAUGAAUGAGACCAAUGAAAGUGAACUCGAGAGCAGCUGCAGUACCGAAAGCAGUGUAUGGCCCGCACCACACACGUUGGGAACACCCGACAGUGGAGUCGGAACAUUUGCGGGCAGCAGUACAAGAAACUCCCAGCCUUGUGCCGACGAAGUGUCGGACGAUCCGGAAUACCAAGCUGCUAAAUUUCGACAACGUGUAAAGAAAGCACGCCGCAAUUACAGGAAUCACAUGGAUUCUGACUCAAACUGA